AUGAAUCAACCACACCUAUCGACUCAUGUGUUGGAUACAUCAAGAGGUUCUCCUGUAUCAAAUUUACAAGUUAAACUUGAAAAAUAUACAGAAAAUAAAUGGACAAAUAUUGGAAAUUGCAAAACAAGUGCAACUGGUCGUUGUGAAAAUUUAAUUAAAGAAGGAAUUUUGUUAACACAAGGAAAAUAUAAAUUAAUUUAUAAUGUUGAUGAUUAUUUUUUAUCAACCAAUACAUCAUCAUUUUAUUCAACAAUUGAAAUUAUAUUUGACAUAAAUAAUCCAAAUGAAAAUUAUCAUAUUCCACUACUUUUAAAUCCAUUUGGUUAUACAACUUAUCGUGGUACAUGA